AUGUCUGCCCCUGCUGAUACCAAAGUCUCUGACGCUGCCGUUUCCGACGUGACCGCCGCUCUGUCCAACGCUAACAUCUCUGGCAAGCCCGACGAAAAGGCCAACGACGCCUACCUUGCCAGCGCUGCCGAGGGCCGCCGACUCUACAUCGGCAACCUCGCCUACGCUACUACCGAAGGGGAGCUCAAGGAAUUCUUUAAGGGAUACCUUGUCGAGUCUGUCUCGAUUCCCAAGAACCCUCGCACUGAACGCCCGGUUGGCUACGCCUUUGUCGACCUUUCGACCCCGACCGAGGCUGACCGUGCCGUCACGGAGCUGUCCGGAAAGGAGAUCCUUGAGCGCAAGGUCUCUGUCCAGCUUGCCCGCAAGCCCGAGGCUGCCGGCGAGAAGGAGGCUACCAACGGCGAGGGCGAGGAGGGUACCCGCCGCCGCCAGUCCACCCGCGGCCGUGGCCGUGCCAGCCGUGGCCGUGGUGGUCGUGGCCGUGGCGGCGUGAACGAGGAUGGCACCCCUGUCGAGGGCGAGGCAGCUGCUACUGAGGCCGCUGCCGAAACCGCUCCCAAGGAUGUUACCAACAAGCCUGUUGGCACCGAGGAGGCUGGAAAGAAGGCCCGUCAGCCCCGUGAGCCGCGCGAACCUCGUGAGCGCCGUGAGCGUGGUCCCCCGGCCGAUGGUGUCCCGUCAAAGACAAAGGUCAUGGUUGCCAACCUGCCGUACGACCUGAAGGAGGAUGCUCUGAAGGAGCUCUUCGCCGCAUACGAGCCGUCUACCGCUAAGAUCGCGCUGCGCCCCAUCCCCCGGUUUAUGAUUAAGAAGCUCCAGGCUCGUGGCGAGGCACGCAAGGGUCGCGGUUUCGGCUUCGUGACUCUGGCCUCCGAGGAGCUGCAGCAGAAGGCUGUUGCGGAGAUGAACGGCAAGGAGAUUGACGGUCGCGAGAUCGCUGUCAAGGUCGCUAUCGACAGCCCCGACAAGACGGAUGAGGAGGCCAACGCCCCCGAGGGUGAGGCCAACGGCGAGAACGUCGAGGCCGAGGCCCCUGCUGCCACUGCCUAG